AUGGACUCACCAGCCUCCGACCUGUCCGACUACGCCUCCGACGACUUCCCUGAAGACGUUAAGCACCGCCGUCUGAGCACCCCAUCGCACGACCAUGACGACCACGACAACGAUCAAGACGCCCACCCACGCCCCAGCAAACGGCCCCGUCUAGCCGUAGCAUCCCCCGAACCGACAUCCCUCACCUUACCUCCCGCCGACGACUUUGGCGAAAUCUCCGAAGACACCGACGGCUCCGUACCCGCGUCUCCACACCACGCGGGCGGCAUGUCCGCCAACGACGACGAGUACGGGCACGAGCAGGUGACGGUGUGCAAGUGGGAAGGGUGCACGGCGGGGGACCUGGAGAACAUGGAUAACCUCGUCGAGCAUCUCCAUGAGGACCAUAUUGGGACGCGGCAGAAGAAGUACAGCUGCGAGUGGGGCGAUUGCAGUCGCAAGGGGAUACCGCAUGCGAGCGGCUACGCUUUGAGGGCGCAUAUGAGGAGUCAUACGAGGGAGAAGCCUUUUUACUGCACGCUACCUGAAUGCGACCGCUCCUUCACCCGCUCCGACGCCCUCGCCAAACACAUGCGCACCGUCCACGAAACCGAGGCCCUCCGCCCCUCGGACCCGGUCCCCAAACACCACUCGUCGAACCCGACCAACCGCUUCCAACGCCUGCGCCUCGUCCUCAGCGCCGCCGACCGGCCCCUCGCGCCCGCGGCCUCAAAAGACGAACCCCAUCAUGUAGCCAGCAUCCCCAACACCAACAAAACCCCCGCAUCCCCUUCUUUCCCAUCCGCCCCCGCAGACACAGACUACGCAAACAACAACGUCGUCUACCUCCACCAACAAACCAUGCACUCCCCAGCGCCAGCCCAACUCCAAUUCCCGCCAGACAUGCACUUCACCGACCGCGAACUCUCGCUCCCCGCGCCCGAACUGUUCCGCCUCCUCUGCAGGCAGGUCCGCUGGGCGACCGAGGAAGGCGAGCAGCUCCGCGCCGAGGCGGAGGUGCUGGAGCGGAGAAGGAGGGAGGAGUGGGUGAGGAAGGAAUUGGUGUUUGAGAAUUUCAUGGAGGGCGAGGUCGCGGUUGAGAGGAGGAGGCGGUUGGAGAGGAGGGAGAGGGGGGAAGGAAGGGGAGAGGAGGCAGAUGUGUUUGAGCUUUUGGACGAGGAUGUCGAGGUUUCGAGGGUGUUGGAGAUUGAGAGGUCGAGGGAUGGUGGGGUUCCGUGGUGGAGGGAGGAGGAGUGGUUGAGGAGG